AUGGCUGAAACAGAAGUAAAUCCUCUUCUAUCGACUGCGCGGGCAACCGACACCAGUCCCACCGUACAGUUACAUCCUCUCGUCCUCCUCAAUAUAUCCGAUUAUUUGACGCGGCAUACUCUUCGAAAACUCAACGUGCCUAUUAUCGGAGCUAUUUUAGGUCAGCAAAAUGGUCGGGAGGUCACUAUGGAAGUGGCAUUCGAGUGUAAGGUGCUUGAUCAAGGGGACCAGUGGAUAGUCGAUGACGACUGGUUUCGAACACGACUAGAGCAGUACAAGGACGUGUAUAAAGUACCCGCCCUAGACUUCGUUGGAUGGUACAGCAUUGGACAGACAACCGGCCCCGAGACUCAUCACCUUCUAAUCCAGGAAUACUUCCAGACACACAACGAAUCCGCAAUAUUCCUACUCUUUCAACCCAAUGUAGUGGCCAAUAUGGCUAGCGGGAAGCUCCCCCUCGCCCUUUUUGAGCCAGUCACAGAAGGAGUUGGCCCCGCGGACGUAUCUUCCAUGGAAUUGGACGGCCCUCUGACCAAGUCUCUAAAGCUACGUGAGCUGAAUUACACGGUAGAAACUGGUGAAGCAGAGAUGAUCAGCGUUGACUUUGUGGCGAGAGGAGGUGGUAAUGCGACUGCUAUAGAUGGCACCAAGCCACAACAAGUAGAGAAGAGCCCAAACGAAGCCGAUAGCUCCACCAAGGGCAAGGGUAGAGCGAAGACAGACGAAACACCAACAUCAUACACCACUGAAGAGUAUAAUCUAUCCGCCGAAGAUGAAGAGCUGUCAUCCUCAAUAAUCGCAAAGAGCAAUGCUAUUCGCAUGUUACACAAGCGCAUCAACCUCAUACAAAAGAUCCUCGCCAAAACACCCACAUCAUAUCUUACCGACUCAACACAACCUAUAAUCGCAAAUGCCCCUUCGCAAACGCAGGACCAGAUCAUACUCCGUUCAAUAUCAGCACUAUUGGCUCGCCUGCUCAUCCUCGCUCCACCAGACACCGCCACGUUCCAACAAGAGUCCGCUGAGGCUAAAUCAGAUGUAGCGCUCACAGGGCUGUUAUCAAGCAUGCUAGCAUCGGUUCAAGCAGCUAAGGAAAUGGGUCGCAAAUACGGCGUGGUCGAGGGUGUAAAACAAACAGCGCAAGCACGAAAAGGUGGCCUAGCGGGUCAGAGCACAUUCAUGGACACCAUGCUAUCUGAAGGAGGUUCCGGGUCAGGCGAUCUCUACGGUGGUAGUGGAGGGGGUAGGCGAGGCAAAAAUACCUUUGGGGAGGGGGGUUAUGUCUGA